CCUCUCUCUCUCUCUCUCUGCGCUUGCUCGAUUGCUUCUUCUUCGAUGGGAUUCGACGCGGAUUCCUCGCCGCCAUCCUCCCCGUCCUCGCUGAAGCAGCGCCUCCGGUCCUCGAUCUGCUUCUCCUGCUGCUUCCGCGGCGCCGCCGCCCGCGAAGAGCGGCCGGCGUCGCUGAUCCGGUCCUCCACGGUCUGGCUCCGAUCCAAGGCGCAGGACGUGCCGGAGAUCGGCGGCAGGUGUCGCGGCCUGGUGGCGAGGAUCGGGAGGCACCGCGGCCGCCCCCACACCGGCGACUUCCACUACGACGCACUCAGCUACUCCCUCAACUUUGACGAGGGACCCACCGACGACGACGGCGACGACCCCGCCGCGGCCGAUCAGCCUCCGAGGUACCGCGGCUUCUCGUCCCGCCUUCCGCCCUCCCCGCCUCCCCCGCCGCUGCGGCCGGCCGUCGGGAUCGCGUGCUAAGUCCCGUCUCGAUCGAUCCAUAUCCUUUUCUUGUACAUACACGUGUGACGUUCUCUGCCGUUCGAUGCGUGUGUUUUUUACCAUCUCAAAGCAUUUCUUCCUCCUCGUUAAGGAGAAGGACGCUACCUCGGGGCUUGCUGUUGGUUUCUUCCCCGUUCAUUUGAUGGGUUUGUGUAAUGAUUCGUAAUGAGGACGAGGAUGGGGCCCAUGCAAACGAAAGAGUGUGGACUGCACUGCGUUGGCAUCUGAUUGAUGGCAAUUCCUGAGAGCGACUCAUCCCGACUAUGCCAUCACAAAAGAUGUGGGUCCCGUGACACGAGAAUUUGAGUCGUGCAAUGAUUUUGGAGUUGAAUUGUUCGUUAUUUCCCUAUUUAUGUUAGAAAUUGGGCGAUUUUUCUAUCAAAGCUUCAUAAAAUUUUCAUGUUUUCUCA